UCUUCCACACCCCCCAAAAUCAAGUUUCAUCUAACCUCCACUUCCACUCCACCUUCGUCUUUUUUUGGGUGAAUGACCUCCACCUUUCUCACCUUCCAAACAAAACCAUUCAAACAGAGAAAGAAAGGGCAUAUACAUAUACAUAACCAUAUACAGAGAGAGAUCUACACACAAAAAUUGAAAAGAAAAGAGAUGUGUAGCAGCAAUGGAGUGAUUCCAAGAAGCGACCCUCGCUUCUCUCUCCUCCCAACCAACCCUUCCCUCCCCUCCAUCACCACCACUCGGCCCAACCCUUUUCUCCGCCUUUCCUUCCCCACCACCACCCACCUCCCCAGACCCCAUGUUUCGUUACGGACCCGGGUCGGGUCAUUCACAACCAAGGCCGCCUUCAACGAUGGCGGCUCCGUCGCGUCGCUGCCGGUGAUGGAUACGAUGAGCUUCUACGACCUUCUUGGCAUAUCGGAGACUGGGUCGCUGGUAGAGAUCAAGCAAGCGUAUAAGCAGUUGGCCCGGAAGUACCACCCGGAUGUGUCUCCCCCGGACCGGGUCGAGGAGUACACACAGAGGUUUAUUCGGGUCCAGGAGGCAUAUGAGACGCUGUCGGAUCCGGGUCGGAGGGCUCUGUACGACAGCGACAUGGACAGAGGGCUUCACCUUGCGUUCUCGGCUCGCAGGCGAUACCACAGCGAUGAGCAAAUGGAGGAACGGAGUGAGUGGAAGAACCGGUGGCAGGUCCAAUUGUCAGAGCUGAAGAGAAGAAGCAUGAAUAAGAACGCUCACGGGAAUAUGUCGUGGGGAGCACGGAUGCGGAGGCAAAGAACCGACUCAUCAUCCACCGAAUUAUGAACGAGUACUUAAAUUUUUCCUUGUACAUAGCCUUUAACCUUAUACGUGGGUUUGAUGGGAAAAUACUUGAGUACUGUUUGGUUAGUAUUGCCUUUAUUUUUUCCUGUUUUUUGAUGGGGGUUAGAAUUGCCUUAACUGGCAAGAUCAGUACUUCCAAAAUGUUAAUCCAGCAGUAUUAUUAAGAUUAAAGAUAGUUUAUAUACCUGACCGGGCCAUAUCAACCUCAACUAUGGGGAAGAUCUAUAUUGUACAUGUAGGAUCAAUAACUGUACCUUUUUUUUGUUUUUGUUUUUGUUUUUGUUUUUUGGGUGUAAAAAAAUAUCUUUGCUUUGUUGUUUGAGAUGAAAUUAGUGUUGGCUCGAUGUGAUUCA